AUGUUUACGGCUUUAGGACAUUUUUUGAGUGUUAUUUCGGUGAUUUAUAUAAUAUUUUGUACUACUGUGACUUGUGACUAUGUAUCUUCGGGCAAGACAUUGUACGUGGCACAAGACCCGAAUAGUCCCCGUAAAAUAAUUACAAUAAACAAAGACGACGCAAAUAUAGAAACCGCUGUUUAUGAUAGAAUCAAGAGAGAUGCAACGCUAAAUACAACGCCUAUAGAGAAAAACAUCAGUACAUGGACAACACACCUUAAAGACAGUCAUCAACAACUAAUGGUGCAUUGGGUUGGAGAGGGAUCCAAUGUUAUCAUUUGCUUGGCAAGGGAUUCAAGUCCUAGAAACAAGGGCACUAUUUCACCGUCUGCAUUAUAUAUCUCCUAUGAUUAUGGAAAGAACUUCAGCAAUAAAACAGAAAACUUUAGACUCAGCAAUGAACCAGAUAGUGGAUAUGCACAGUUGGAUAAAUUUUUCAACCAUCCAAAAUAUCCAGAAUUUUGUGUCUUCAUUGACUCAACAAAUAUGAAAUUGUACACAACAAACGACAAUGGCCACACUAUACAUAGAACUGACUUGUCCUUUCAUCCCAACGAAUUGGCCUUUGAUGAGGAGUUUCCUGUUAGAUUUGUUAUAUUGGAUAAAACUAAUUCAAGCAGAAAUCUGUAUCUAACUGCGGAUGGCGGAAAAACAUUCAAGUUGAUCCAGAGUUAUGUGAAAUCUUUCUUCUGGUCGUCUGGGCCAGAGUUUCCAAAAGUCUUCUAUGUGGAGCGAUGGCUACCGCGGAACACUAGCAUAGUGCUGAAAGUUAACGACCCGGUCAAUAUGAGUCACGCUGAAAUACUAUUUGAGAAUGUCAAAGACUUUCAAAUUAAGGGGGACUUCAUGUUUGCUACCAGGGAGGUUGAUUCUAAAACAUUAGACUUAUACAUUUCAUACAGACGAGGUCCGUUCUUCAGGGCAGAAUUUCAAACGGAAUUGGAUCUGAGGAAAUUCCAUAUAGCAGACGUAACAGACAAACGUAUUUUCGUCUCUGUCAUGCACACAGAAAAUGUAGCGAAUCUGUACGUCUCCGAAAUAAGCAAGAACUUUACGAAAUACAAUUUUGUCUUGAGUCUGAAGCAGAUUCUGUGCUACUUCCCAGAAGGAAACUUUAAAAACAGCUGGCUGGAGGACGUAACUGAUGAUCCGUUCACAGAUCUAUACCGCGUAGAAGGUCUGAAAGGGAUCUAUAUAGCAUCAAAGAUAAACUCAAAAUCAUUGGUUGAGAGUGUUGAGCCGGAACAUUUGGUGUCGCUGAUCACAUAUGACCAUGGGGUUACCUGGUCACCCAUUGCACCUCCCACAGAAGAUGAGCAUGGUAAACCCUUCAAUUGCCACAUCGAGAACUCGUGCAGCCUGCACUUAUGUCAGAAGUUCAGCCAACUAUAUCCAGUUACAAGCCCCCUGGGAAAUGUCAUAAAUAACGAUUUGAGAUCCGCCAGCAUCAUGAGUUCCAAAUCGGCUCCCGGCGUCAUUAUGGCGACCGGGGUUAUGGGGAAGUCUCUUAAAGGUAUCCCCGGGGUAUACCUAAGCCGGGACGCUGGUCUAACAUGGAAGAGGAUCCUUAAAGACUAUUAUUUCUUUAACUAUGGUGACCACGGCGGUGUACUUGUGGCUGUAAAAUAUUUUAAAUCGAGGGGCGAAACCAGGAAAAUACUGUACUCGACCAAUGAAGGCAUGGAUUGGAAUUCGUAUGACUUCAACGAAAAUGAUCUACGUAUAUACGGACUCAUGACUGAGCCAGGAGAAAACACAACGACCUUCACAAUGUUCGGAUCAGCCAACGAACAACAUCAAUGGAUUAUUAUAACUAUCGAUUUAAUGAACGCUUUUGAACGUAACUGUACCAAUGACGAUUAUAAGUUCUGGUCACCUUCACCGCCUAACUCCACAGUGUCCUGUGUUCUUGGAAAAAGAGAUAUAUUCCAAAGACGUCUGCCGCAUACUAACUGUUAUAAUGGCGUUUCCUACGUGCGCGCUGUACGGCAAGAACGCUGCGAAUGCGGCCGUCGGGACUACGAGUGCGACUAUGGCUUUAUCAACUCUAACAAUAUAUGCAUAUUCAAUCAGUCGAUACCGUCGUCCAAGUACGAUCCCUAUGCAGUUCCACCGGACUGUGCCCCGGGGCACUUCUACAAACGCACUAAGGGCUACAGAAAGAUCGACGGAGAUGUCUGCAUGACCCCCUAUUACACACCCUACGAACCUGACCUAAUACCCUGUCCCCUAGAGGAACCACCGGGCUUCAUAUUAGUCGCACUCAGAGAGAAAAUCGCAAGAAUAAAUCUUGUCGAUAACUCUACCAUAAUUCCUAUCAAAGGACAACAAAACAUCGUCGCUAUCGAGUUCGACAUGAAAAACAACUGCAUUUAUUGGGCUGACAUAGAAGUGGAUAAAAUCAGCCGCCAGUGUUUCAACAACGGAGAGAAACAAGAAAUAAUAGUCGAUACAGAUUUGGCUAGUAUAGAAGGGAUGGCAUUAGACUGGAUAUCGAAUGUUCUGUUCUUCGUAGACGGCUCCAGAAAGAAAAUAGAAGCAGUCAGAACUGAUUUGUCCAGUCAAGGAAGGAUGAGAGCCACAAUCCUUGAUUCUCGAGUCCUGUCCAAACCACGAGGUAUCGCUGUACACCCGAAGGCCGGGUACCUGUUCUGGACGGACUGGGAUAGGAAGAACCCAUCUGUCUCGAGGUCAAACUUGGACGGAACUAACGUUAAGAAACUGUUCACCAAUCCAGUGGUGCAAUGGCCAAAUGGAAUAACAAUAGAUCAGAUGUCAGAGCGAAUUUACUGGGUCGAUGCAAUGGAAGACUACAUCGCGAGUGCUGACCUAGAGGGGAAAUAUUUCAGGAGGAUUUUGUGGCACGACGAGAAAGUUUUCCAUCCUUUCGCGGUAGCUGUGUUGAAGGACAAAAUGUACUGGGACGAUUGGAAAGCCAAGUCUAUAUUUAUCGCAGAUAAGGAUACGGGGGCCAAUGUGAUCACGAUCAACGAUUCGUUCAGUGGAUUAAUGGACCUGAAGGUGUUCUCCCAUUUCAUGCAGCACGGAAGCAACGCCUGUUCAUACAAGAACACCAGUUGUAACUACCUGUGUUUGGGCGCGCCUGGCAAUAAAUUUAGUUGUCUAUGUCCUGAUGGAUUUAAGAUGGUUAACGGCAAGUGUUUGUGCCCGAACGGCUUGGAACCAGCGCCGAAUAUGACUUGCCCUAAGUUGAAUGGAACUUGUGGUCCUGAUGAAUUCACCUGCAAAAACGGUAUGUGCAUGACAAAUACAUGGCGCUGCGAUGGUAACGACGAUUGUGGAGAUAAUUCAGACGAAGCCGGGUGCAUUUGUGAGCCGCCUAUGGUCGCUUGUUCGGAUUCCAGUUGCUACAUGCCCCAGUGGAGGUGCGAUGGAGAUAUCGAUUGCCCGGAUAUGAGUGAUGAAAAAGACUGUGGCAAACAAAAUUGUACAGACACACAAUUCCAAUGCCAGAACGGACAAUGCAUUGAGAAGAGAUGGGUUUGCGAUGGUGACAAUGACUGUAAGGACGGUUCAGACGAACGGAAUUGCACGCACCACUUACCAAAGCUUCCCGACACCCUGAGUUGUAGUGUGAACGUGUUCGCGUGUGGUAACGAUUCGAACGCCCUCUGCAUUCCGAAUGCUUGGGUUUGCGAUGGUGAACGCGACUGUCCGAGUGGCGAAGACGAAACACUUGAUAAAUGUUUGAACUCUACUUGUGCACCGUACAUGUUCCGUUGUCCUAGUGGAAAAUGCAUCUAUAACUCCUGGGUAUGUGAUGGUGAAAAUGAUUGUGGGGAUCUAGAAUCUUCGGACGAGAAAAACUGUACGUCGACUGGUCACUCGAAAUUGAUCCCUCGGCCGAACGAGAAACCAGACUUUCCGACUAACGGCUCAUGUCUUGACUGGAUGUUUAAAUGUCACAAUGGAAAUUGUCUGCCCUAUUGGUGGAGAUGCGAUGGCAUCAAUGACUGUGGAGACAAUUCUGAUGAAGCAGCCUGCAGUUUGGUAGAACCAGGAGCGGGCACGGUCACUCCUGAGCAACCGGACACGAAUAAGCAACAAUGCGGCAAAACUCAUUUCACUUGCGCAACAGGUGUUUGCAUACCUCUCUCCUGGGUCUGCGAUUCAGUUAAAGACUGCGAGGACGGCUUAGACGAACGCGGUUGUGCGUAUACCACUGUCUCUCCCACUCUUACGCAGUGCGAUAAGGACAGCACACCGUGCGGUGACGGAAACGGAUGCGUUAAGAUUGAUAAGCUGUGCGAUCGAGUGAUAGACUGCGCUGAUAGAAGUGAUGAAACUUACUGCAUAGAGGGUCUCCCACGUCGCGGCAACUGUUCGUCAAAGUUCUUCGAAUGCGACGAUGGAACAAAAUGCUUAUGGCCUUCGAUGUUGUGCAACGGACGUCGCGAGUGCUAUGACGGAAGCGAUGAAAGUAACUGUUCUAGUACGGACACUAACCAUCUUUAUCAGUACCUAAGCAUUGGCGUAGACCAGUCAUCCAUAAACUCCACUAGCUUUUUGACCUCAUGCUGGAUGGCUCAGCAGAAAAUGGUGAUGUACAACUUCUUGCCUUCGAUAGCCAAAGUAUCGGAUAAUGUCUGGAAGAAUAUGACAUGGAUAAAUGACAGUGUGUACAGAUUCACAAACCUCGAGCCCUAUACACAAUACAACGUAACAUUCUACAUAAAGGACAGCAAAUCAAACAAGAUCUAUGCCUCGUACAAGUUCGUCAAUACUACAACUGGAGAAGGAGAGCCAUCUCCACCCCGUCGCCUGACCGUUCGUCAAAUGAUCGGCAGCCGAGUGAACCUGCUCUGGGACCCUCCGGCGACACCAAGAGGUGUGAUUACUCACUAUACCGUGUAUUACGUACCUCCACUACCUCCCAUGGAAAAGAUAGUGCCCGCAGGAGAACCUAACGCUACAGUCACGUACACGCUUAACGCGUACUUCAAGCCGGAUACGAAUUAUUCUUUCUGGGUAACAGCAUCGAACAACGCGUUCACUUCUAACUCAACGGAGAUAGCGUAUCUUGUGUUCGACGAUGUGGGUGACGUGGAUGAGAUAGUGAACGUGAGUCUCGCCCGUAUCAACGACACCACAGUCUCCCUGCAGUGGCACAAAUUGAGGGGAGUCGAAGGUUAUAUAGUCGCAACACGUCUGCCAAGAAACUACGCGAACCCGGAGCCCGUUAGGACCAAGUUGAAUAAUAUUACAUUGACUAACCUCCCGCCGGGUGCGCUCAUCUAUGUGGACAUCAAGGCAUACAAAGACAACAUCAUCGGCGAACCGUUUACCCUACCUCUACCCAUAAGGGGAAUACCCGACGAGACCCUGAACGUAACCGCAAUGCUGUUGAAGGAAAAGGGCAACUCAGUGCAGCUGACCUGGUCUCCGCCCACGCAGGACCGCUACAAGAACAACGAUCUCGAAUAUGAAGUGCACUACACCAAUAUUGCCAAUUUCAAAAUAUUCCCCAGCGAAAUGGUCAAUGAUACGAAAAUAAUAACGAAGAACACAGGCAUAACCAUAGAUGGUCUUAAUGCUUGCGAGAGCUACCUAUUCACAGCGGGUUUGCGAGGUGGACCACUAGCUCCGGUUAAAGAGAUUAUCACCAGGGAAAAUGAUAAAGCUCCAAUCAAAGAUCUUCACGUCGACUACGAUGAGAAGAAAUUAGAGAUGCAGAUUAAAUGGAGAGCCAAUUGUGAUGUCAUACGUGAACCGGUUGCCUAUAGGUUGGAGAUAACGGAGAUGACUCGUAACGUUUCGAGUCGCUACGAACUGGAUCCAAGCAGUAAUGUUUCGCUCACUCACUCAAUGGUGCAAGUGCCCCGCGGUGGGAGAUACCACAUCUGUAUUCGGACGGCUGUCGACGGCUCAGAUAAACAUUGCAUAGACACCAGAACUGGUAUCAUACCACCUCCUCACGGCGUGGUGGCUUGGCUGUCACCCAACGGUCACAUCAUGCUGUCUUGGGAGCAUCCAGACCACAACGAUGCACAUAAACCAAAAUACCAAGUAAUAGUUUCCAACGAGGAGAUACCCGAAGACCUUCUACAUCCCGGCAAGGACAUGUUAACGGCGGAAACGGAGUUCUCACCCCUUCUUAUGAGCGUUCCGAGCGGUACAAGCGGACCGAUGUACGCGAGUGUACGUACGAUCACUGAGGACGGCUACUACAGUGACCUCAGCGAAGUGCAAACCCUGGAAAUGUUAGGUGCUGAAGCUGAGGAAGUAUCCAGUGCUAUGGGCGCGGUGUGGUGGGGGGCAGCUGCGGCGUGCAUCGCGGCUGUAGCACUAGGCGGAGCCCUACUACACGUGGUCCUACGCAAUAGGCGUUUGAACAGAUCGUUCUUACGCCUAGCGGCUACUCCAAGAUAUGAUAGCCGUCGCGGGCAGGCCACUAUCGAUCAUGAAGACGAUGACGUACCCCCAAUUCACGGGUUCUCGGACGACGAACCUCUCGUCAUUGCAUGA